UUUCACAAUUUCAUUUUAUAUUAUAUAAAUAGGAAUCACUCAAAUAAGAUGUAGGAAAUGUUUAUAUAAGUCAUAAAAUAUUUUUUAAGUAGAAGCAUGUGAAUUUAUUAUGAAAAGGUGUUACAGCAUGCCCCUCAGCCAACGUCAUGUCAGCCAGGCAACGCAGCAGGGGAUAAUGGUAUUUAGAUGUCCUGUAAGCACACGGAUCCUAUCAGUCAGCAACAUUAAUGGGGCCAUGAGGCAUCCUGCUAUGUGAUUAGGGAGAAGGGGUAUUAUACAGCAGCAAUACUGGCUGGUCAGAAGGCUCUCUGUCGUGUAGCGUGAGGGGGUGGGAUAAGCAUGGGGAGCACCAGCAAGGUGGGUAACCCGUGGAACAGGAGACAGAGUCUCUUCCCCAACUACAAAAUCACAGAUUCAGGCAUCGAUCGAAGACCCUCUGAGGUCGUGUAUCCGCUCGCUAAAGAAAGCUGUGUGAAGACAUGGAACUCUAUGCAGGAGCUGAGCAGAGACAUCUAUGACAUUUACGCCGAGUACGAGGAUGAAGAUGAUGACUGUUCCCCAUGCUGCUUCUCCAAGCCCAUCACACCCUCCAAGAAGAACUUCAUGAUCAACAUCAAUGUAGGGGGCAAACCCUACCACAUAGCCUACAAGAUGGCUGCCAAGUAUCCCAAGACAAGAAUAGGGCGACUGGCCACCUACACCACAACAAUGAAGCUGGACCUGUGUGACGACUACAUUGUGACCAAUAACGAAUACUUCUUUGACAGGGACCCAGACAUCUUCCACAGCAUCUUCAAUUUCUACAGGACUGGCGUGCUGUGGAUCAAAGAUGAGCUGUGUCCCCGCAACUUCCUGGAGGAGAUCAACUACUGGGGAGUGAGGAUCAAGAACACACACCGCUGCUGCCGCAUCUCCUUCGAAGAGAGACAGGAUGAGCUCAAUGAGCAGCUGAAGAUCCAGCGCGAGCUGGAAGCAGAGGUGGAGAUCGAGGAAAACGAGGAGCUCUUUCAUGACAUGGUCUUGGGGCAGAAGCGCAGGGCUAUCUGGAACCUGAUGGAGAAACCCUUUUCGUCUGUCAAAGCCAAGGUGAUGGCUGUGACCUCCAGCCUAUUCGUUCUUAUCUCCCUGGUGGCCAUGACUCUUAACACAGUUGUAGAGAUGCAGUACAGGACUCACACAGGUCACCUCAGUGGCAAGACGUACUGGGAGUACGUGGAGUCCAUGUGCAUCGCCUUCUUCACCAUGGAGUACCUGCUCCGGCUGGUGUCCACCCCUGACCUCAGAGCCUUCAGCAGAAGCGUCCUCAACACAGUGGACCUGAUCGCCAUCCUGCCCCAGUUCCUGCAGGCCGUCAUCGAGUUCUUUGACAGCGAGGAAGACUACAUGAAGCACGAGGCCGACAUGCAGGCGGUGGGGCAGGUGGGAAAGCUGGGCCAAGUGCUGAGAAUCAUGAGACUGAUGCGAAUCUUCCGUAUCCUGAAGCUGGCGCGACACUCCACGGGCCUGAGGGCCUUCGGCUUCACUCUGCGCCAGUGCUACCAGCAAGUGGGCUGCCUCUUCCUUUUCAUCGCCAUGGGCAUCUUCACCUUCUCAGCCAUGGUUUACACUGUGGAGCACGAUAUGCCGCGCACAAACUUCACCAGCAUUCCUCACGCGUGGUGGUGGGCAGCUGUCAGUAUCUCCACUGUUGGCUAUGGGGAUGUCUACCCAGAGACCAUACUAGGGCGCCUAUUCACUUUCAUCUGCAUCGCUUUCGGAAUCAUCCUCAACGGCCUCCCCAUAUCCAUCCUCUUCAACAAGUUUUCUGACUAUUACUCCAAACUCAAGUCCAAUCAGUACACAGCCUCCAUGAAGAAACGAGGGAAAGUGAGAUUUUCCAAGAGGACAGUGACAAAGCUCAACCAGUUGUUUGGAAUGCACAAUUGUGAGGAACAAUGAAUUAAUAUUUGCUUCUUAUAAUAAAAAAAAGUAUGAAUGUAAAACUAUGAGAAAAUUGUGUAAGAAAGACUUUGAAAGGCCGAUGCUCUAGUUAUUACUGGCAGAUCAGGAGACACAUUUGUGUAUAUUGGCAGCUUUUGCAAGUGGGAAGAAAUUACAUGUGUUAAGAUAUUAAUGGAAAGAAAAACACCCACAGUUAAUGAUUGUGAAAGUUACUACUUUAAACACUAACAUUUAUUACAUAAAGUCAGAUAAGCCAAAGCAGUAUGUCUGUCUAAUUCUUUUAUAGUUUUAAUGCAUAAAUUUAUAUUUUUGUUAUUAAAGACUUAGAAGCAUAAAAUUAAUUAUGCAUACACAUACAUACAUACAUACAUACAUACACAAAAACAUUUUCUGCUAUUAUCAGUGAAAUGCGUGUAUUACACAAUACAUUUAGAAUCUCUACUCUCAAUAAACACUGUGGUUCUUAUGAACCUGCUCAUGAAUCUCAUUGGGAACUGUAGCUCCACACAUCAUCUCUGGAUUAAUUUGGCUAUCACAAAAAUAAACA